GAUGAUGAAGGAAUUGUGGAAAGUUCCCCAAAUGAGGACUCUACAGACGCCAAAGAUGCACGGCAUCGAUUCAAGAGAAAUUCUGGAGAUAGGAGACGCUACCAAAGACGACAUAGUAGCAGUGCUGACUAUGUUGAGAGCAAAAAUAGAAGCUACAGCGGUACAGAUGAUUCCGAGUCAAUUUCCAUGACCGCAUCAGACUCCGAAAUGCAAGCUGGUGACUGUCAACGCAGACAAAAUCGGAUUCGCUCCUCCUUGGCUGAUCUCUUCUCCAGAAUGAAACGCACUAUGUCAGUGCCGGAAGUGCAUGAGGAAAACUCAUGCAAGUUAUGGAGUUGCACUCUAACCAUUAGAAGUGCAGAACUAAAAGAAAAGAUCAACUCUUGCGUCCAUGUGUAUUACAUGGACAAGUUGAUUUCAAGAACCCAAUUUUCAGGAGAAACCAUUAGUCCAACAUGGGAUAAAAAGGUAGCUUUUCCCAUCAGCAACGCAGAAAGCCUUCUUCAGCUACAAAUAAUGGAAAAGCACAAGAUUCGAGCUGACAAGUUAAUUGGAAGAGCCUUUAUUCAUUUGGGACGUGAUGGAGAGUUAUGUUCGCACGAAGCUCCAAUCAAAUGUUUCAAUUUGAGGAAGCGUAGCACACAGAUACUGGGUACUCUCUACGUGGAUACCAUCGUUGAACCUGGUUUCCUCCAAUACUUUGAUGACAGCACAAUUUAUGACGCUCAAGAGGGAUCUGAAAUGCCUGACGAAGCAACCAGUGCGAUUACUAACAAAUCCUAUGCUAAAAAGCAUCAUGUUCACAACAGACUAACACAAAAAUUGACAUCUUAUGUGCAAAGACAUAAUCUCCAUCGUUCAAAGAAAAGAUCCCCAAAACAGGGAUCGAAGGAGCAUCUCUACGAGCCCUCUAUACAUAGUGAAGACUCGUUCUUUUUUUCCCCCUACGAGACAACCCGUCGAUACCUUGAAGGUGAGGGUGCCACUACGGAAGUAAAUGUUCCAUGGCACCCAUUCUUCGACUGGCCAAGUAACAGAAGUCUUCAACUGCCAAUGAUGGCAUUCCAACGCCGUUAUCGCACUCGUUUCUGGGAAUUAAGAAUUCCUAAAAUUCCCUGGCCGAUUGAGUUCCUUCUACCUAUGACACGUCUCUGCUUUCCUACAGCUAAUUUGGUAGAACGUUUAGAUGUGGGUGACACUUCGAAAGUCACCAGAAUUGUAGAGAGUGGUUUCGUCAAUAUCUACUUGAUUGGAGCACGAGGACUUGGGUCUAUGCCACAGGUAGAAAUGGGUCCUGAUGUUGGGAUGGAUGGGAAUUGUCCAAGUAUCUUCAGUAGUAGGACUCCAGCAGGGAGUAUGAUUGGUGACAGUGCUAGUAAUUCACCCGAUGGUAUGUCCACAAUGGGGUCUGGAUCCCUUGUGUCUUCUCCAGAAACUCGAGCUGCUUCCCUUGUUGCUUUGCAUUGGGCUGCAAAGUCUCUCACUCUCAAACCAUCGCCUCAGAUUGAAUUCACUUAUGGAAGUGAGAAGAAAUCAUCGGAGGUUGUGAAAAACAAUAGCAACCCAGACUUUUUGGAGGAAUUUGAGUUCCAGGUGUGGAAUGGGUCGCCUGGUUUUGUUCGGGUUACUGUAUACGACAGGGAAACGCAAGCAGGAACCGGUGGAAUACCCCGCAGCCCAAUAAUGGGAGAGACUGUUAUUGAUCUCAAUGAUAUGCCAUUGGAAGUGACCCAAAAGAUGGAACUUCAGAUUAUGCGAAAUUCAAAUGAAGCUCGACUUCUUCUGUUUGUGACAUUGACUGGUCUGAAAACAGCAGACAGAAGUCCCAUCCAACCUCGUAUUCCACAUACUCCGAGCUCAAACGUAUCCAUCCCGGCUCCGAGUUUAGGUUCGUUCGACGAUGCCAGCAGCAUUACACAGGAUGGAAAUAAUGAAGAAGAUAAAAAGGCAGAAGCACCAAAUCUUCAACCUAAUUUGCUUCAACUUGUUUCAGAUCACUUUAGCUACAAAAAAUCAUUCACAAACUCCCAAGAUAUCGGGUGGAUGAGAUUGAAAAUUUGCAGCGCCAUGGGACUGGGUGGUAAGUCUACAAAUGGUCGAAUAGAGAUCUUCUGCGUCGUCGACAUGUUCAACACUCAUUUGCGAACUCAGAGCAUAAUAAAACGCAAAAAUCCUACCUGGAAUCGGUGUUUUGUAAUUCCCCUCUCCGACAUUCACGGCAUCAUGAAGAUAACCGUCGUUGAAGUCGAGAAAAACAAAGAGGAAGUUAUAGGUGGACUCGCCAUUCAUCCUCUUCGAGUUGACAAUGGUAGGAGUAAAUGGUACGCACUCAAAACUCCAGAUUUUCGGGGUCCAGCAAAAGGAUCUAUUCUGCUUGAAUUUAAUGUGUUCUUUAAUCAGCUGCAACAACAGCGUCUCGAGCAGGUGAAGCCUCUACUGGAAUUUAUAAGAUGGUUUGGCCGAAUGCUGGAUGAUUGGUGGCUAUGGAAGAAUCCAUUUCACACCAUCCUCAGUCUCAUAGGCUAUCAAUUGUUGGUCUACUUCUUUCAGCCUUUCUUUAUACCCCUAUACAUGAUCAUAACACUACUAAAGAAUCGUAUCUACAAUCGGGAAAGUGUUGAAUCUAUUAUUCAUAGAUGGAAGCAUAACAAGAAUGCUGUCCAACUAGCUUCGCCGCAAGAACACGAGAUAUACAAACAUCAGUACGAGAUGUUGGAACAGCGUGCUAGCAAGAGCAUUCGAUUGGCGGAACGACGAGCACAGGGUGAGGACACAAUGGGUCUCGAUUCAUUUAAUUACGGAGAUGGCGUGACAGACACUUCUAAGAAACUAUCAACUGGUUCACAGUCCUUUAUACUUUGA